CUCGUUAGAGUAAAAGUCAGUUCUGUGCUACCUGUGUGCAAUUAAUUUGGUUUUUUGUAGUUCAAUUUUAAAUAACUUUUUAUCCUUUAGGCUGUACAGUGUGUUAAAUAUAAAUUAUUAAUAAGUGUUUUCAACUUUGUGAUCAGAGUAGAAAUAUUCUUCCAAAGUUUCCAUGUUUUAACAUGCUUAUAGUUGGUUCUUAGGAUAUGUAAAUAUUCUAAUCAAAUAUAAUAUUUUCUAGAGCAAUUAGAUAUGAUGCUCAAUAAAGUAUUGCUCUCAACCGAUGUAGCUUUAGUUUGUACGCAACAUGCUCUUUCUACUGAGAAAGAAGAAAUAAUGGGACUUCUCAUAGGAGAGGUCUGUGAUGAUAACAGCUUGGUUUCCAUUGUCUCAUCAGUCAUAUUACGUAGAUUGGAUAAAAAACCAGAUAGAGUUGAGAUCUCUGAAGAGCAAUUAGUACAAGCUACGGUGAGGGCUGAAGAGCUUGCUGCGGAAGUAGGCAGGCCAUUGAGAGUAGUGGGAUGGUAUCAUUCCCAUCCACAUAUAACAGUUUGGCCAUCUCAUGUUGAUCUGGCCACACAAACCAUGUAUCAAAGAAUGGAUUCAAGUUUUGUUGGCAUAAUAUUUGCUGUAUUUAUAACAGACCAAGCAGCAAAGGCAUCCUCUGUACAAAUCACAUGUUUCCAGUCUAUAAAUGAUGGCUCAAGUCAAAGCAGAAGGGAAAUUGAAUUAGAAAUAACCAACAAUAACAAUUCUUUAUUAAGAAAGAAUUUUGAACUACUUACACAGUUACCAAAAACAUUAAAGGAAGAAGAAGAUGAGGCGUUUGCAUUAGAGGCAGGGCUAGAUGAAACAGAUGAUAUUAUUAUCAAGCAACAUAACACUGCUGUGAGAACAAUGGCUAUUGGACACAUUGUGGAAAAGAUAUCUCGGCCCAUGUUGGAAGCUCUGGUAGCAAGAAAUGCAUUGAACAAAAUCAGAGUAAGAGCCUUAAAAAAACAGCAUCAAGAGUUAAUGUCCAAGUUAGACAAUAUGUCAGAUAAUAGUUAAUUCAAUUAAUAAAACAAGACAAUCAAUUUUAAGCUAAAAAUUAUACUUUUAAUACUACAA